UCCGUGCCCGGAGCUCCGGCCGGCCGGCUGCGCGUGGCGGGCGGCAGUCCCCGAGGUCGCCCGGAGAGGAAGCGAGCCAUGGGGAGGAGGUCCCGGCAGCGCGGGGCGGCGCGGUGGGCGGCCGUGCACGCCCGGGCCGGCCGCGCCCCGGGCGGGGAAAGCGAGGAGGACGGGCCGGGGUCGCCGCCCUCCCCCGGCAGCGCCAGUUACUACCAAGACCCGGUGGACGGCUUCCACGAGGCCCGCGCCCAGGCCGCCCUGGCCCGGGGCUGGGCCGGGGCGGACAGCGGGGACGAGGCGGAGGACGAGGAGCAGGAGGAGGAGGUGCUGGCCCUGGAUGUGGACGACGACGACGAGGAGGACGCGAGCGACCCGGGUGAAGCGAGCGCGGGGGACGAGGAGGAGGGAUGGGGCGGCGACGACGACGACGACGGGAGCUCCGUGCGGAGCGAGGCCUCGGCCCCCGCGGACCCCAGCUUGUCGUGGGGUCAGAGGAAGAAGCUGUACUACGACACCGACUACGGCUCCAAGCCCCGCGGCCGGCGGAGCCAGCCGGGGGAGGAGGAGGAGGAGGAGCGGGAGGAGGAGGAGGAGGCCCGCGCCAUCCAGCGGCGCCUCGCGCAGGCCCUGCGGGAGGACGACUUCGGGGUGGCCUGGGUGGAAGCGUUCGCGAAGCCGGCGCCCCGGGCGGACGACGAGCCCGAGACGCGGGUCGCGAAGGACCUGGCCAAGGUGUCCGCGAAGGAAAAGCUGAGGCUGCUGCGGAAGGAGUCCCCCGAGCUCCUGGAGCUGAUGGCGGACCUGCAAGCGAAGCUGACGGAGGCCAAGGACGAGCUGGAGCCGCUGCUCGUCCUGGCGGAGCGAGGCGUCCUCCCCCCCGGGAGGGGCAGCCGCUACCUCCGGACUAAGUACCACCUCUACCUCAACUACUGCUCCAACAUCAGCUUCUAUCUGAUCCUCAAGGCCCGGAGGAUCCCCGCCGACGGGCACCCCGUCAUCGACAGGCUCGUCACCUACCGCCGUCUCAUCAACAGGCUGUCCGCCGUGGACCAGAAGCUGUCCCCCGAGAUCCGCCGUCUCCUCACGGGCGAGGGCGGCGCCCGUAAGAAAGAACCGAAGCGGAAAGCGAAGCUCCCGGCGGCCCGGUCCGAGCGGACCGUCGGGGCCCCGGACGCCUCCGACGAUUCCGACGCGGACGAGGCCGCGCUCCUCCAGUACUACCGAGAGAUGGAAGGGACCAAGGUGAAGAGGAAGAAAGAAGAAGAAAGCGGACGCGGAGAGCCGGCUCCCGAAGAGCAGAAUGCCAAGAGAGCCAUUACCUACCAGAUUGCCAAAAACAGGGGACUGACGCCCAGGAGAAAGAAGAUUGACCGGAACCCCAGGGUAAAACAUAGGGAGAAGUUCCGCCGGGCCAAGAUCCGAAGAAGAGGCCAGGUCCGUGAAGUCCGCAAGGAGGAGCAGCGUUACAGCGGGGAAUUGUCUGGCAUUCGAGCCGGGGUUAAAAAGAGCGUUAAGCUCAAGUAGUUUAAGGUUUUUGACAGUUUUAAGAGUUAAUAAAUUUUGGGUUUUUUUUCACCAAAAUGAUUGUGUUCCUAUGUAAAUACCUCAUCGGAAGUUUAAAAAUGUCUUAACAGAAGUUGGGUUAUUGUUUAUUUAGUGUAUUUUGCUUUUCAGUGUAAAGUCACACUAAAUUGUGGGAGCAGUAGGAAUAUGCCUGGAAAAAGCUAUGGUGUCCGAAAAGUUUUGCAGUACGUUGUCAAGUGUUAGCCUAAGAGAAUUCCCAAAAUAAUUAAUGGAAUUAGAACACAGACAGUGUUUCUGGUGAAGAAAGUAAGCCAUUCGCAAUCGCCUUAUUUACAGACUAGCCUAUCAGGUUGUGGAACUUUGGUCAAAAGUGAAAGAGGAAAAUGAUAGGCCUUAGUUGUAACAAUUUGUAAGUGUUUUCUAAUAGUUCUUACAUAAAGUAAGGUAAAAAUUCUAUUUCUCCUCCGCUGGUGGUAAUUUACAGUGAUUCCUGUUUUAUUUUUUUUAUUUA